GGACGAGUGGACACAUCCUCUGGAACCACCUUCAUGAGUGCAGUUGUCCACAGCUGCAGCACUGGCUACAAUCUCUAUGGUACUAGAUCAAGGGUGUGUCAAGCGAACGGGUUAUGGAGCUCGACACCACCAACUUGCAAAAUUGUUGAUUGUGGUCCACUGGAUAACACUGAGUCUGGAACCACUUAUAACAGUGUGGCUGUGUACUCGAGGGACACCAGCUUACUGGAAGAGUACUGGUUACUUGUAUGGCCAAUGGACAAUGGUCAUCUUCAACUCCAACUUGUGAUCCCUUGGAUUGUGGCAAUAUCGAAGCCCCCAAAAAUGGUGACGUUGUAACAUCUCUAGGAACAAUUUUCAACAGUAGUGCCAAAUUCAGCUGUGACUCAGGCUUCAACCUCACUGGGUGCUAUAGUGCACAGUGCCUAUCCAAUGGCAGCUGGUCUUGUGAUUCACCCCACUGUGCCGAUAAUUCAAUGAUUCAGCUGAAAUUUGGCCCUACUGUUCACUGUGUUAGCUGGACUGAAGGAAUGGUUGAACUGAUGUACAAGACAAUGCAAUCGUCAGUUGUCAAAGCAAUUCAAAGUCAAGGUUCUGUGAUUCCAAAGGAUAACGUUCAGCCAGGUUACUUUAGUUGCUACCGCUCCACGACUGAAACGAUCAUUCGAACCACAAUCACUGGUACGAAGAGUUUGAGUGCUGUCGACUAUGCUGACCUAAUUAGGCAGUGGGUGGAGUCUGGAGUGACGACCAGGGUGCAGUGGUAUGUGAUUAAGAUUAAAAAGGCCUGUCCGGUGAUCAUUGCCUCGAUGUACGAGGAUGAGUGUGAAUGACUGUACACCUAUAGCUAGCGCUAGAAGCAACUGUCAUGUCUGUUAGCCUGAACACUUUGUGUGUGCGUGUGUGUAGCUGGUAACGUAUGCUGAUUUUAUGAUUUUGAGUGUAGGUUGUCGUUAACUCAAGACUCUGACACUUAACAAGCCUUUGUUUGGAAUGCUUCAUUAUUUUGUUUAAAUUGCGUCUGAUUUCAAAA